AUGGCGGGUGUGCAUCCACAGCUGCAAGAUCCGGCUACAGCCGGUGUUGUUGCGAGCUUCCUGACAUCUUUAAAUGAUCUUUUUGUCGCAACAAAUCAUGCCUUUGAUGUUUAUGACUCGAAUUCCACGCGGCCAGCCGCGAAACAACAACCUGUCUCUUCGAAAUUGAACAUCAAAUCCCGUCUCAAGUGGGCGGCCACUGAUAACGUCAAGCUGUCCAGCCAACUCAAAGAGUUCGAGUUUCUGGUCCAGCGACUAUACCUUUUAGUUCCACUAGACAGCCUUCAACCCGACCAGUUUCAGAAGCUGCAAGACACUCUCGUCCAAUCACAGCGGUCACAUGCCAUCAGCCGGAUUUUGCGUUGGCUUGAUGCUCCUUCCGAUGACAUCUUUGACGCUUGCUGCUCUACUCGCUUAGAAACUACUUGCAACUGGAUUACUACGCAUUCUACAUACGUAAGCUGGUUGUCAAACAGCUCGACGAAUUCGUCCAAAGUGCUAUGGGUUCAUGGCCCUCCGGCAUUUGGAAAGUCUGUUCUAUGUGCAUACAUCGUCCAAGAGCUUCGUAACAAGACCCAAUUCCCAGUUUACUAUAUCUUCUGUUCUGCAGAGAGUGAAUCCUUAAGAGAUCCCAGUUCGAUCCUACGCACGUGGAUAUAUCAGGCUCUUUACAACGAGGAGUCGGUACUGGAGGCGGUCUUACAAUAUCUCGAGACAUGCGAAAGAACAAGAGCCACGUAUUCGGAUCUAUGCCAUUUACUCCGGGAAGCCUUGUCCCAUAUUCCAGACGCUAUAUUCGCUGUGGACGGUUUGGAUGAGUGCCCACGGUCAGGCACAUUCGGCCUGAAUUUACGCUACAGCAGAAGCGAUGUUUUACAUGACUUGAUGGAGCUUCUUUCAGGCUCAAACGCUCGAAUGCUUGUGGUGAGUCGUGACGAAGGUGAUAUCAGAUCUGAAGUUGGUUUGCACGCUGCGACGCGGCCUGGAUUGGCGCUAUCUGAAUUGGCAAUCACGCGGGAGCUUGUUACUCCGGAUAUUGAACGGUUCACAAAACACGUUGUUACCCAGAAACUACCCGGAAAGACAGACGAGUUUCAACAGGAGCUCGCAGCUCAGAUGGCAAUGAAGUGCGACGGCAUGUUCUUAUUGGUUCGACUUCAAAGCCGAGACCUGCGGCCACUGAAAGGAAACAAGCAACUUCGGCGUAUGGUUAAUGACAUGCCUACUGAGCUCGCCCGGGUAUACGAGCGAGAUUGGAAAGAUAUCCAAACUUUCUCGAAUGUAGACAGGCAACGGGCAGAAGCGAUCCUUCGUUGGGUCACUUUUGCGCAGCGCUCGCUCACUAUUACAGAGCUUUCUGAGGCCGUGGCCGUCUUGGAUAACGACGAAGACGAUGGCCCAAAAUUUGAUGAUUUGCCAGAUCCAUUUGAUCAGGGCUAUGUUCAUUCCGAAGUACUGGGUCUAUGUGGCUCCUUCCUGGAACUUCGAUCUUCGGGCACUGCUACUGACUGGGAAUCUCAAACAGUCCACUUGAUUCAUUUUUCUGCAGUCAAUUUUCUUGCUGGCCAACAGCAGACUGCGCCAUUCGCUGAUACGAUGUUACAGAACUAUUAUCUGGCCCUGGAUUGUCUCAAGUACUUGGACCAGGAGCAGUCCUGGCGUUUUGAAGACGACAAGAGAAGCCACAUUAUCCAGCAACGAUGCUUUUCCAAAUACGCUAUUGCAGCAUGGUAUGAACACGUGAAUAGAUCUCAUCAGUAUCAGAAUAAGAUCCAGCCACACCUGAUGUCAUUUUUUAAAUUACCAAACGCGAGCUGGGACAACUGGCGAAAGCAAUAUGAGGCUUCCCAGGCUACACCUUCGGCAUCCUCAGGAUCUGAGAGAGGUUAUCCACAGAACCAAGAUUUCCCUGGCGGAAGAAUGUAUUAUGCAGCCCUCUUCGGCCUACGGGAGGUGGCAGAAUGCCUUCAUAAUAGGGGAAUGGCCGGCAUUGACGACCUCGGCGGAUUUUAUGGAACCCCGGUGCAAGCCGCCAGUUCGCAAGGGAACAUGGACGCGCUCCUCUUUCUGCUCAAGCAGGGAGCUGACAUCCUAUCCCACGGUCGAUAUGGCAGCGCCCUUCACGCAGCAGCUACUUAUAAUCGAGAAGAGACCGUCCGGAGGUUAUUAAAGCAUGGAGCAUCGGUAUCAGCUACGGACAAUCACGGCAGGACUCCCCUAUACAUCGCAGUCUCGUUUGGAAAUCAUGCAACAGCUCAGAUUCUGAUCGACGGUGGUGCAGAGAUCUCAUCCGGAGAGAAAACUGGCUUUACACCUCUCCAUUUUGCUAUACACUUAGGCGAUCUCGAGAUGGUCAAAAUGCUUCUUCGAAACGGUGCAGAUCACUCAAUGGCCAACGAUGAAGGGAACACGCCUCUUCAUCUGUCAGCUUGGCACGGCCACACUGAGGUAUCCAGACUGCUCCUUGAGGCUGGCGCAGACGUCAAAUCAACCAACCGGUAUGGAUAUACCGCACUGUCCUAUGCAGCUUUCGAUGGCCAUGUUGAAAUAUGCCAGUUACUGUUAGGUCUUGGUGCAGACCACACGGUCGCAGAUCAAAACGGUCUAACUCCUCUGCAUGUGGCAGCCGAGGGUGGUUGCACCAAUGGUAUCAUUAACCUUCUCCUAGAUUUGGGAGCAGACCCAGAGGCACAGAAUAAAGAUGGCCAUACCCCUCUAUACCUGGCAGCCCGCCACGGCCACUUUGAGCUGGUUAAGUCUCUUCUCGAGUAUGGUGCCGAUACUGCCGCUGUUGAUAAUAAGGGUCGGAGCCCUAUACAUUUCGCGGCCCAGCAUAGUCACCGUGAAGUCGUCGAAGUACUUCUGAAUUCUGGUGCAGAUAUCACAGCGUCCGACAGCUAUGGGAAUACUCCACUGCACUGCGCAUCCUACAGUGGUCAGCAUGAGGUGGUUCAACUUCUUCUCCAUUCUGGCGCAGAUAUCUCAGCAGUCGAUGCUGCCCAAUGGACCCCGUUGUACUCGGCAACUGUGUUAGGCAAUGCUGAGAUUGUCCAGUUGCUGAUUGAAUCCGGGGCAGAAGUUAAUUCAAGGGCAGACGAUGGAACUACACCACUGCACGUGGCCUUCCGAAAUAGACAUGAGGGGACAGUUCUAGUGCUUCUGGACAACCAAGCGUCAUUGGAUUGUCUUGACUAUCAAGGUCUACCACCAUGGCAGUACGCCAGUGCCCAAUUUCGAGCUAAAAUCCCCCAGUGCAGCAAAAUUGAAUCCUCCACCGGAGACCCUUGGGAGAAAUUUGCUAGGCAGACCAUUCGGAAUCUCGCUAGAAGGAUGGUACCUAUGACUAAAAAGAAUGCCUCCUUUCUGAGUGACUUAUCAAAGUAUCUUACUCAGAUAGGAGACUUCGCGUCCGCCUCGAUUGUUCACAACCAAAAUAUUGUGGUCGACGCUACGACGGGAGAUAUCUAUCAUGGAGUAAUUUGUAAUUCCUGUCACGAUUCGAUUGUGGGCAUCCGAUACCCCUGCAAUACGUGUGUCGACUACGACCUAUGUCAUUCCUGUAUGAGCCGGUACGGAGAUGGUGGAGCCAGCUUUGGUGCUUGUACUAACCAUGAGUUUCUUCGGGUCCCCAGUGAGGAUUGUACCCGUGAUCAGCAUACAGAUGUAUAUACCAAGGAAUUUGUUUCGUGGUUGAAGGAGCUUGCGCUUAAAUACAGAAGCGAAGACCCAUGA